UGUCGAUUUGAUAUGUAUUUUUGUAUACCUACUUAUCUCAAAAUGUUAGGCGAAUUAGGCUACUUCAGGAAAAAAAAAAUAUUAGGCGAUUUAGGCUACUCGGUAGGAAAAAUUAGGCGAAUUGAGUUAGCUGAUAUCUGGCAACCCUGCUAGAGUGCGAUCAUGGCUUAACGAUAGUUUAUUGAGACCGAUUGAGAGUUUACACUAUCGACUCGAGUGGUAGCAUCCCUAAUUGACAAUCAUAAAAUGAAUUGGUUGAAGAAGAAUCAAAACAAGGGUAUUUUUUGUUAAAUUGUUGUGUGUUGUUGUAGUCACACGCCUAAACAAUACAAGAAGAAUAUUUUUUUCAGCAUCAUGAAGACGGCCGUGACGGUGCUGCAGGAGAUGAUGGUGAAGCUGGGCCAGACGCCCGACUACGAGUGCAUCGCGCAGUCGGGCCCGCAGCACCUGGCCACCUUCGAGUACCGCUGCGCUGCGCUGGGCGCCGCCGUCACCGCCGCCGCGCGCUCCAAGAAGGAGGCCAAGCAGGAGGCCGCGCGCCUCAUGCUGCGCCGCCUGGCGCUGCUCGGACACCCCGUGCCGCCGCCCUACGCCGCGCACGAUCAGAGUGAUAAUGUAUCCAUAGCGACUGAAUUAAACUCGCCGAGCACGUCGGCCCCGCGGGGCCCGGACGAGGGCCCGAGCGGGCGUAAGCGGCCGGCGCCCCACGCGCCCCCGGGCCCCGCGGGGUGCAAGCGGCCAGCGCCCCCGGGCCCCGCGCGCCGAGAAGCGUCUCCCGUGAGUCCACGAGUUACACCUUUACGGGGACUGCCGUCUAGCGCGCUCGUCGACGAUGGGAUACUGAGCGCGAAACCUUUCCUAGUGCCGACGGACGCGGAGGAGGGCGCGGCGGCGAGCGCGCGCGGCGCAGGCGAGGCGGGCGGCGGCGGCGCGCGCUCCUACGUGGCGCUGCUCAAGGAGCUGUGCGAGGAGUACCGCCUGCCCGGCGCCGAGUACGAGCUGGUGGGCGACACGGGCCCGCCGCACCUGCGCCACUUCACGGUGGCGGCGCGCGUGGGCCAGUUCUCGCGCAGCGCCACGGCCACCACCAAGAAGGCCGCGCGCCAGAUCGCCGCCGACCAGCUCUACUCUUACCUGCGCGAGAACCUGGCGCGCCUCACCAAGGACUUCGUGGAGGAGGACGCGCUGGUGCGCGCGCACGCGAAGGCGAUGGAGCGCUUCCAGGAGGCGCGCGACGAGCGGCUGCGGCCGGACCUGGGCCAGCGCGUGGCGGACUACCACCUAGGUUUGACCUGUCGCCUCGAGCCCGAGGCGUGGGACGCGGCGCUGCGCGCGCUGGAGGCCGAGCACGACGGCGGGCUGGAGGGCGCGCUGGCGGCGCUGGGGCUGCAGGCGGAGGCCACGACCCUGGAGGCGGCGGGCGCGCCGCUGCACGUGCUGACGCUGGACGCCGCCGCGCCGCCGCUGGCCUUCGCCGGCGCCAGCCCGCAGCGCGCGCGCGCCGCCGCCGCCCGCUACCUGCGCCGCGCGCUCGCCCGCCGCCGCCCGCCCGCCACGCCCGAGCUCGCCUAGCCCGCCUGCGCCGACCGGCCGACUAACGUUAAGAGUAUACACACACGG